AUGGAGGUUGAUGGUCGAAAUUCGUCAAAUUUCGCACCGACCACGACACUCCCAGAACUAGGUCAAUCAACCAAAGGAGGCUCUUCCAGAGAUGACGUGCUUCAAAAGCAUUACUUGCGCCUGCAAAAGCAACUUGUUGGCAUGACUGACAGGAAACUCGUCGAAAUGGGACAGGAGCUCAAUAUUAAAGAAACCAACUUAAAACGUGUGUCUGACGAGAGGCAGAAUUUUGCUGUAGAAUUGUACAAGUCGAGAGUAGAGGCUACGAAAUUGGGUGAUACGCUUCAGCAUGCCAAAACACAGCUGGAACGUAUUGAUGGUGAUAGACGAGUAGCUGAAUUGGAUUGUGAUGCGCUGGAAAAGGAGGUCUACAAAACUGAACGAGAAAAAAAAGUAAAGGAAUUGGAACUAGGAGAAACCAGACAACGAGUCGAAGAACUGACUCAAGUAGCUCGUCAACAUGGAGAAAUUAGUGCAGCCUUCUCCACAGACCUCAAAAUUCAAAAAAGAAUGACUGAAAAGACCAAGAAAGAAUUAGAGAAUUCUGAAUUACGGAGGAGGCAGCUCUUAUCAGAGUUAGACGACGAACGAAAACGGUCGGAAGCCAUCUUGUCGGAGAAGCUUACUUUGGAAGGCCAGUUAAACAACCAGAAGUCUGAGAUGGCUAUUGCGCAAACUGCCAUUGAUAAGAUGAAUCGAGAAAUCAAUCGACUAAUGGAUGGAAAGAAGAAUGCUGAAAAGGCAUGGGAAGAGGCUAUUUCAGCCAUGGCUAGACGAGAUCAUACCUUACAAACCGUUCAAGAUACAGUUUCGAGAGACAAAGAACGUUUGACUGGUGCUGAAGUUCGUGCUCGCGCUGUUGUGGAGCAACGCGAUGAAUUGGAAAUCAGGCUCAAGGAGAAGGAACGAGAAUGCGCUGCACUAUACAAGGACUUUGACUCCCUCAAACAUGCCAAAGCAGUCGCCGAAUCAAAAGUUCACGAAAUCCAAGGCUCUCUCACAGCUGCCGAAGUCGCCGAAUCCUUGUACAGACAAGACCUGGAACGAACCAACAAAAAGAACGAUACCGUCCAAGAACAACUCAAGACUCGAGAAGCAGCUGUUGCCUUUCUGCGCAAACGAAUGGCAACGCUGAAGGACGAGUACGAGCACAAGGGAUUCAUGGAUGCCAAUCAGCGAGCUGCUGAACGUGAAGAACAAGCAAGAGCUGAAAUGCUGGCUGAGAAUGCAGUUUCAAAUCGACUUUCGGAUGCUCAACAAGUUCGGUUGAGACAUCAUAAUGCUGAGUUGCAGAUGGAGAUACUGCAGCUGCAGACUGAUUUGACGGCGAUCAAAGCAGAACGUGAUACCUUACGAGCUCAGGUCGGAGAUGUGAAUGGACAAUUCAAUAUGGAAUACGAAGAAUCCAAGAAAUUGAGGUUGCUUAUGGAAAGAAAGGAGCAUGAUAUGAAUAUUCUGAAGGCUCAAGUUGCGCAGCUUGGUCAAUGGGACAAAAAUCCAUUACAACCACUACUAAGUAGUGUCAAGAAAGACUUGGCACAGGUAAAAUCAGAGAAUGAUAGACUCCGAAUGAUGUGGUUGGAAGCGCAAAAGGAGAACAUCAAGGCUAAAGAUGUUUCUGCCAAGGCUGUUGAUGAUUACAUGUCGUUGAAGACACAAAUAACAGUCAACGAUGUCGUCAAAGUCAAGACUGCAGCUGAAGUUGAUGGAGCUCGAAGAGAAGCAGCAGAUCAUAAAGCUGAAGCUGCAAGAUUGCAUGCUGAGCUGAAACGGUUACAGCCGGUUAUUGAACAGCUCAAGAGGAGAAAUGCUGAAUUGGAAAGUGCAGUCUCGGAACAACGCAUGCAGACAGAGGAAGCCAAGAUUGAUGGAACGACUGGAAUAGUCAUGCUCAAAGCCGAAGUUCGAAGACUUCAACAAUCACGCAAAGAAGUAAACGUUGCCAGACUUGCAGACGAAAAGACCUCCUCCGUGCUGGAGCGAAAACUGAUUGUGGCCAGAGAAGCAGCAGAACGACUCAAGACUGAACGUGACCAACUACGAAGAUCAGAAGGCGAUUUACGUGGUAAAUGUGACGUGUUGAAACAAGAAUUGGAGAAUCUGAGGACCAUGUGUGCAAGACAGCAAGAGUGGCUGGGGAUUAAGCAAGGUCAAGAUAACAAGUCCAAGCGAGAUGGUUCUGGGUUUGAUGGUUCGAGUGAGGAAAAGAUGCCUUGGAUGAGUUUUGCUACUACACCGAAUGGUAAUUCGAUUUCUGGUCUUGGAGAUAACGGCCGAUCAGAAGCGACGUCAGCAAAGAGCUCAUUAAUGGACGCAAAUGGUAACAUACCGGAUAUAGCUCACAUGCAAUUGAAACUUUCGACCUUGUCAACAGAAAAGCAGCACUUGUUGACUGAGAAUGAUAUACUCAAUCGAAAGCUGGACGAGACAAGCAAAAGACUGUCCGCAGCCGAAAGGACGCUGUCGGAAGCUUCACAGAGAGUGUCUGGUGUGGAACGAGAUCUUGCGCGUAAAGAUCGUGAAGUGCGAAGUAUCUCACAGAGAUGUUUACGUGCUGAGAAGGCUGCUGCAUAUAUUGAAGCCCAAUUCAAGGAGGCUCGACCAAAUACAAAGAUCGACUUCCAGAUACCUGGGGAUGUGAGCCCAUCAGCUCAACUGCUUGCAGCUUUAAUCGUGCCAGGGCUAUCAUCAUCUCCUAGCGUUUCAACUUCAGCAUCAUCACAACGAAAAGACUCAGGUCUACUUUCUGUACGAAGAGAUUCAGCUCUUGGAGGCGGAAGACGAGAAUCUAUAUCACUACGAAAGGAUUCUGCAGCGUCAAUACGGCCAAUGAUUGAAGAAGAGGGAUUACCACCGUUGGCAGCUUCUGAAAGUGGACGUUCAGGUCGAGCCAAUAUGGCAGGAUCAUUUCAUAAGAUAUGGAGUCGAGCAAUACCAGAAAUAGUGGAUGACUAUUUCAAGUCAAUGAGAGAAGCAGAGGAACAUCGGGAACAGGAGAGGACUGCUUCUAUAGCGAUACAGAGAAUAUGGAGAGGGCAUUCAACGCGUCUCUGGAUACAAAAUCAAACUGAUUGUGCAGUGAUAAUACAGAAAUCAUAUCGUGGAUAUAAAGGACGAUGUCGAUUUGAGCAACGAGUCAUGGAGUAUUGCAAAGCCAAGAGGAUGAAAACGUAUAAUGCGGCAGCAACGGCAUUGCAAAGGAUAUGGAGAGGAUACUACACCCGCCAACGCAUCUUCGACUUUUACGCACGAAAGGCAUAUCUAGCACUCAUAUCCGAACGAGUGGUCGAAAUGAGAGCGCUCCUCGCAGAACGUGAAGCAUCAGACCAAGCAAUACGAACACAAGCACAGCGCAAAGCACAUCUCGCCAAGAUGGAAGCUUUAGCUGGUCGGCUACAUCAUCUCGUCGGAACACGAGCUAUUCCAGGAGUCUUUUCAACAGGACAUGCCAAAGAUGGUCGGUCAGAAGAUGGAUUCGAUGACGAGGACAGGGACGAUGAUGAGGGUGUCUUGUCGGAAGACAAGAUUAAGAGCAACAAGGGAUUCAAGGACUGGGUGGAGAAGAAUGUUACGGCAAAGAGGAAUGUCGCAUCGCUCAAGCCUCUUGAUAUGGAUAAUGUGCCUGUGGAGAAGAAGAGUAAAGUUGCUCAAGGGCCGUUCUUGCCUCUCUUCCACCUUGAAAAGAAGAAAUUCAAGCCGUUUAGGCCUUCCUUACGGGUCCAGACCAACUAUUAUGACACAGACGAGUAUCUGAGAGAGGAGCGGGCUAACGAGAUGACACAGAGAAUGUCGCAUACUUUCUAUCUGUCGGUUCGACAUCCAGUCCUGCCUGUAAAGCCAGAGUUUUGGAGAGCAUCUGAACCAUACAAGACUCCAAUCACCUCAUUAGAACGAUUUGCCGAUAAGGAAUCUAGGCAAGCUGUGCCUGGAAAGAAGCCAUUCAAGAACUUGACCAGACCUGUUCCAUUCUUUGAGGAUUACGGAAACCAACAGUAG